AGAAGGUGCCCCACAUCACAGUUGUGCGGUAGCCGUCUAAGAGAGAACAGUUUCCCGGUACACAGUGUUUACUUAAUUUUAUUCACUAUUUUUAUUCAAUUUUAAAUAACUUUUAAAGAAUAGUGGAAAACGAAGUCAGUUUGCAGAGUUCAAACUUUACUUUCCAGUUGUUUUUGAUAAUGUUUUAAGUUAAAAACGAAUUAUUCUGAUAUAAUUGUACGGCAAAAAAAUUUUAGCGCCACGUCGAGUUGAGUGAAAACAAAUAUUUCAAGAAUUUGUAGCAUCUGUUUAUCAAUUAAUGGCUCAUUAUUCCUCGAAGGUCUACACAUGAUAUGACUCAGUCUCGAGAGAUCCUCGCAAUGAUGGACACUCAUACGACGUUCGGUCGAAAAAGAGGUUGUACAGUUUCAAGAUGUGGAGGCUUUUUAUUAGGAUCAGCUUUUCUCUUAGGCAUAGUUACAACGGGACUUAUAGUUUUUCACUUUACUCCUUGUCUAGAGGGAAAAAAAAUCAGAUCAUAUGAAGAUUUCUUCGGCAACUCAAAUCUUCAAGCAAUAAAAGCCUUAGCAAAUAAAAAUAAAAUAGAUGUCAGACUACCUAGAUCUGUUCUACCUGAUUUCUACGAGCUGAGAUUAACUCCCUUCAUUUGGGAGGGUAACUUCACUUUUAAUGGCGAGGUAAAAAUAGUAGUCAAUGUUACAGAAAAGACAAAAAAUAUAACACUACAUGCAGUUGAUCUUAAAAUUGAUGAGAAAGCCACAAGUGUCGGUGAAUAUCCUCAAACAAGUAAUUCGAAAUUAUUGAAAAUCGAUAGACAACAGAACGACACUGUCCGACAAUUUUUUAUAAUACACACAUUGGAGUAUUUAAAACCUGGCAAUCAAUAUAUAGUGUACUUUAAAUUCAAAGGAUAUCUCAAUGAUUUUCUUCAAGGAUUUUACAGAAGUUCUUACAAAGUAGACAAUCAAACAAGAUGGAUAGCGACGACGCAGUUCCAACCAACCGAUGCACGUCGCGCUUUUCCCUGCUUUGAUGAACCAGCCCUCAAAGCAAAGUUUCAAAUUAGCAUUGCAAGACCAAAGAAUAUGACUUCUAUUUCGAAUAUGCCGCUAAAAGGAGAACCAGUUACAGUAUCUGAUUUUCCUACUUAUGAAUGGGACCAUUAUGAAACUUCAGUUCCUAUGUCAACUUAUUUGGUAGCAUUCAUUGUCUCAGAUUUUAAAGUUCUGAAAUCAGAAGAAGACAAAUUUGGUGUGUGGGCAAGAAGUGAAGCAAUUAAUCAAUCACUUUACAGUUUAAAAAUAGGACCAAAAAUUUUAAGUCACUACGAAGAUUAUUUUCAAAUUAAGUUUCCUCUUCCAAAAAUGGACAUGGUAGCAUUGCCAGAUUUUUCUGCCGGUGCUAUGGAAAAUUGGGGUUUAAUAACUUAUAGAGAAACCGCAAUGCUUUUUCAAGAGGGUGUAUCUACUAGUAGUAAUCAACAAAGAGUUGCUGCUGUAGUGGCUCAUGAAUUAGCUCAUCAGUGGUUUGGUAAUUUGGUUACUCCAAGUUGGUGGUCAGAUCUCUGGUUAAAUGAGGGUUUCGCUAGUUACGUUGAAUACAUCGGAAUAAAUGCCGUAGAGCCCGAGUGGAUGGUUUUGGAGCAAUUUGUGGUUCAUGAGUUGCAGAACGUUUUUGGAUUAGAUGCUUUGACCAGUUCUCAUCCUAUUUCAGUGGAAGUGGGACAUCCAGAUGAAAUUAACGAAAUUUUUGAUAAAAUAUCCUACGACAAAGGUGCUUCAAUAAUACGAAUGAUGGAUCACUUCCUCACUAAUGAAGUUUUUAAACAAGGAAUUUACAACUAUCUUAAUGAAAGAGCUUACAAAAGUGCAGAGCAAAAUGAUCUAUGGGCAGCUUUAACAAAACAAGCACAUAAAGAUAAAGUUCUUCAGCCAGAUGUAACAGUAAAGGAAAUAAUGGAUACUUGGACACUACAGACUGGGUUUCCAGUGGUUACUGUUACCCGUGAUUAUAAAAGUGGUGGAGCUUAUAUUAUUCAGGAAAGGUUCUUAUUACAAAAUAGUACAUUACCUAUAUUAAUGGAUCCAAUGCCAAGAUGGUGGAUUCCAAUUACAUUUACGUCCGAAAGUAAAUUAAAUUUCAAUAAUACCCAACCAUCACAUUGGAUGAGAGCUGAAAAGUCGUUAACUAUUCCUGACCUAGAUGCUAGAUCUACUGAAUGGGUUUUAUUCAAUGUUCAAGAAACAGGAUAUUAUCGUGUAAAUUAUGAUAAGGAAAACUGGCAGAAACUUACUAAGCAAUUAAUUGAGGGCAAUUUUAAAGACAUCUCUACAAUAAAUAGAGCUCAAUUAAUCGACGACUCUUUAAACUUGGCAAGGUCUGGAAAAUUAAACUAUUCUACAGCCUUAGACUUGACAAAUUAUUUAGUACGUGAAACAGAAUAUCUUCCUUGGAAAUCGGCUUUAACUGCAAUGAGCUACUUAAACAGUAUGCUUAUUAAAUACCAAGGCUACGAUAAAUUUAGGGUAUAUGCUUCAAAACUGUUGGAUAACAUUUAUAACAAAAUUGGUUUUAAGGAUUCUUAUGAAGAUUCACAAUUAACGGUUUUCACUCGUUUAGAUGUUCUCAACUGGGCUUGUACUUUUGGACAUGAAGAUUGCGUGCGGAACGCUGUAAAACAAUUUAUUAAUUGGCGACAUUCGCCAAAUCCAGAUGAAGAAAAUCCGAUUGCACCAAAUUUGAAGAGUGUUGUAUAUUGCACAGCUAUUCGCGUUGGUGGUCAAGCAGAGUGGGAUUUUGCUUGGCAACGUUAUUUAACUACUAAUGUAGGAACAGAAAGGGAUAUUCUUCUUGUUGCACUUGGAUGUUCAGGGGAAACUUGGUUAUUAAGCAGAUAUCUUGAUUGGGCAUUGACUGAGAAUUCAGGAAUAAGGAAGCAAGAUGUCACUCGAGUAUUUGCUUCAGUUGCUAAUAACAUAGUUGGACAACCACUUGUUUUCAAUUACUUUAGGAAUAAAUGGACUCGCAUUCGUGAAUACAUUGGAACAUCUAUUAUGACCAUCAGUACCAUUGUAAAAGCUUCUACAAAAAGGAUAAACACUAAAUACGAAUUAAAGGAUCUGUUAGAUUUUGCAAAGGAACAUGGGGAACAACUUGUAAGUGCAACAAGAGCUGUACAACAGGCAGUGGAACAAGCGGAAGCCAACAUAAGAUGGUUGGAACAGAAUCACGAGUCUAUUUAUAAUUGGUUACAAAGUAAUGUAGCGUAAAUAAAAAUUGCCAUAAAAGGUUAUGACAAGAGGCUGCUUGCAUGCAGCAAAAGCAUAGAUUCUCUCAUUGUACACAAAUUUACAAUUUUUAUUUUCAUAAAAAAUAUGUACUAUUAAUAUAAACAUAAUUUAAUCCUAAAAGUAAAUGUACAUUACACUGUAUCGAAAAAAUUGUGUUGUCUGUCUUGAAAUGAAAUUUUUUUAUAGAAAUCAGCGCACAAAAAUUUUGGAAAAUAUUUAAAACCUUUAUAGAUGGUGUACCGGUCCCUCACAAAUGUUAUUUUUAGUAUAUUUAUAAUUAAUUGUGAAUAACUUAUCAAUGUAACUAAUAGAAAAAAUGCGGAGAAGAUUAUGGUAGAAAUAGCAAAAAGCUUAGUUUAAACAUUAAAUAUUUACAAAGCUUUAAAUAUAAAAAUUACAGAAAAUUUCACUUUUGAGCAACCAGUGCACCAUCUAUGCACGUUGCAAACACAAAAACUUCAGCGGACAUUAUAUCGAUGUGUCAGUAGUCCAGAAAGUGUCACCAAUUCGAGCUAGCGGCGGCUAUUAAACGAAUAAAAGUUCAUGUUACUUUUUUAUUAAAAUCAA